AUGGCGCUUCUCGUGUUCCUCGUCUCCAUAGUUUCACCUUGCCUCGUCGCCUUCGCCGCCGUCGUCGUCGUGGUGGCUGGCAGUACCGCCUUGCAAUGGCGGCACGACGUGUACAGUGGUAGCAAGCGGCUUCCACCUGGGCCUCGACUGCGGCUGCCGCUCCUCGGCAACCUCGUCCUCCACGCCCCGACCAUGGCGUCCCUCGCGCCGGCGCUCCGCCGGCUCCGACGCUCGCACGGACCGGUCGUCACUCUCUGGGCCGGUCACCGGCCGGCCGUGUUCGUCACCGGCCGAGAUCUCGCGCACACCACUCUGGUCCGCGCGGCGGCCGCCCUCGCGCACCGCCCGCCGUCGCCUUUCAACUCCUCCCGCGCCCUGAGCUUCAACCGCUACGGCGUCAACACCGCCGAGUACGGCGCUCGCUGGCGCCGCCUCCGCAGCAACCUCGGCGCGUGCGUUCCGGACACUCGGUCCGCCAGGGCGCUGCGCUGGUCGGCGGACAGGCUUGUGGCGACGCUGGAGUUCGAGGCGACGACGGCCACGGCUGCAGGAGCAGCCGCCGGUGUCGUCGCGCCGACGGAUGCGUUCCGCCACGCGGUGUUCUCCUUCUUCGCCGUGCUCUGCUUCGGCGAGGAGGUUAGUGACCUCGUGCUGUGUGAUCUCCGACGUGCGCACGCCGACAUACUCGCCCUCACCGUCGAGCUCGGGGCCUUCCACCUCGUGCCGACGGUGAUGAUGCUCCCAUACUUGCACCGGUGGUGGAAGCUCAGGGGCCUCCAGAGGACGCAUCACGACAUCGUCGCCACCCUCAUCUCCGCUCGCCGGUCGCGGCGGGAGAAAGCCGACCGAGACGCGGAGGAUUCGCGCUCCAUGUGCUACGUCGACACGCUCCUGGAGCUCGAGCUCGGCGACGACGAGAUGGUGAGCCUACUUAUUCCUUCACUGUGCUGGGAGUUCAUGAACGCCGCCGCGAAGACCACGUCGACAGCGCUGGAGUGGACCAUGGCACGCCUCGUGCGGCACCACGACAUCCAGCGGAAACUACGCCUCGACAUCGUCAAGACCAACGGCGGCGCCACGCCGUCGCCGUACUUGAAGGCGGUGGUGCAGGAAUCCCUGCGCCGCCACCCGCCGGCGCACUACCUCCUGGCGCACACGGUGGACCGCGACGUCCCCCUGGAUGAUGGCGGCCACGUGAUCCCAAAGGGAGCCAUCGUCAACUACGCGGUGGCCGAGAUCGGCCUCGACGCGACGGCGUGGACGGACCCGGACGAGUUCCUGCCGGAGCGAUUCUUGGAAGGCGGCGAAGGCGCCAUGGUGGAUGCCGUCUCCUGCGGCGCCGUGGCCACCGAGAUCAGGAUGAUGCCGUUCGGUGCUGGCCGGAGGGCGUGCCCCGGCGCUAACGUCGCCGUCUCGGCGCUGCACUUCUUCGUCGGGAGGUUGGUCGAACGGUUCGAGUGGUGGCCGGCCGUGGGUGAGGGCAAGAAGGUGGCCGUCGACUUGUCGGAGAAGGCGGGGCUUGUCACGGUGAUGAAGACACCUUUGCGCGCUAUUCUCGUCCCGACUACUUCCGCCUAG